AUGAAGGAUCCAUUCCCUCUGGAACCGUUGCCAUGGCUUUCGAAAGCAGUACAGCCCUGGGCUGAUUACUUGUCGCUGCCCUCACUGCCUCUCCAUAUCCACGAAGUCCUUAUUGCAUGUCUUCUAUACUCUGUCAUUUACUGGCCGAUUUCGCCUUUGCUCUCCAAUCUACUAGUUGGGGAGCGCUACAGAAGCUUGCCUAGGAAGCGCCGCGUGAAUUGGGAUGCACAUGUUGUGUCCUUUUUCCAGAGUACGUUGAUCAACGGGCUUGCGCUUUGGAUCAUGUUCGUCGACGAGGAACGUCGUGAAAUGGAUUGGCAGGCACGUAUUUGGGGCUACACUGGUGCCGUUGGCAUGAUCCAGGCUUUGGCUGCCGGCUACUUUCUAUGGGAUUUGGUUGUCACCAGUUUGAACAUGGACGUUUUCGGUCCUGGCACUCUUGCCCAUGCCGUCAGUGCCCUGCUCGUCUACUCUUUUGGCUUCCGUCCCUUCGUCAACUACUACGCCCCCGUCUUCAUCCUGUGGGAGUUGUCGACGCCCUUCCUCAACAUACACUGGUUCUUCGACAAACUUGGCAUGACGGGCACAAAGCCUCAACUCUACAAUGGUCUUGCACUUUUGUUCACCUUCUUCAGCUGCCGUCUCGUCUACGGAACUUACCAGUCUGUCAUGGUCUUUAAAGAUAUCUGGGCAGCAAUGAACACAUUUCCUGGACUUGAGCUGCUGAAGGGGGCAAGUAACUUGCCGGGCAGCAAUAUCCCGUUGUCCGACGCCAUGAGAUUUUUGACGACCUCAUCAACAGUUCCGACGUGGCUGGCAGCAGCGUACCUUAUCAGUAACCUAACGUUGAAUGGACUCAACUUUUACUGGUUUGUCAUGAUGAUCCGCGCGGUUCGCAAGCGGUUCCAGCCAAGUAGGCCAGUGGGUGGUCAGGAGAAGCAAGCUCAAGCUGUACUGCACGCCGCAGACAGCGCACCAAGUACUGCAUCAGUGCGACCACGGAGAAGGAAAGCCUGA